AUGCAGCUAAUAAAAUCAAACAAAAAGCAUAUAAAAAAAGAUUAAAGCUCACAUAAAUCCAUUACAAAGACUUAAUUAUUUUGUAGGAUAAGAAUUGCAAAGAAAGGAAAAAUUUUGUUAAUAAAAAAUUGAAAUAAAACAAGCUUAUUUGAACCUAUUUUUUUAGAUUAAAACAACCAAAAAAAAAGAAAUUUCAUUAAUAUUAGCUGUUCAAUAAAAAUAGCUUCUUCUCUACUUUCCUUAGAAAAAUUAAAUUAUUAUUAAUAAUAAAUAGAUUAUUAACAUAAAAAAAUAGCCAUCCUAUAUGAAAUAGAGUUUAUAAAUAAUAUACAAUAAUUAAAUAAUAAAUAUAUUAAAACAAGACUUUAAAAUUAUUAAAAAGAAUUAGGAAUAAAAAACAAUAAAUCAGAUUUUAUUGAGUUAUAAGAUUAGAAAGGAAAUUCAUAUUGGCAAAAUCUUAAGACUUUGAAAAAAUACAAUGUUAACCCUUUAGAUUAAGUAAUUUAUAAUAAUUUUACCAAAGUCGAAGGUAUAUAUGUUUUUAGUAUAAAGAGCAAAUUUUUAUUUAGAAGAAAAGAAAGAGUAGUUAAUUAAUCUUCUUUAAUAUAUAGAGCAGAAAAAAUUCCAUUUACAAAAUUGCAGGAGUUAUAAAAAUGAAAAGUAUUAAUAUAAGGAGAUUAAUUUGA